CAUCAAUAGAAACCGUCUGUCCAGAAUGAAACUCCCCAUCGUAGGCCUCCUAUUCUCACGCGCUUCUGCGCCCUUUAGCUAUUGGAACGACCGCGCCCAAACAUUCAGAGCAUCGCCGCCCACCGUGUUCGAUAAUAAAUCCAUAGAGAUCCUCCAACAGGCAAUAGCAGAGCCCAACGCCACACGCCAAAUAUCGUUCCGCCCCUUUGAGAUCUUCUUAGGUAACGCCCCGCAGCUUGGACAAGACGAGUGGACAUGGCGCGUCAACGUAUCCGAAUUCAGUCUCCCUCACCUCGCCCAAAACACCACAGAGGUCAACCUAGGCCGAAACGUCACCGACCCGCACUACAUCGCCACCUCCUACUCCCUAUCCUGGCGCCGCGGAGGAAACCUGUCAUCCGGCGGUCUGCGUGGCUCUGAUUCCCCUUUUUGCGUGACAUCUCUAGACGUCGAGUUCUCUCCCAACGUCACAAACCUCUGGGCCGAGGAGAACGGCAACAGCACAGAUUGCGAACCGGUCCUCGGCGAAGCAUGCCUCGAGGCCCUCUACGUCUCCGAUAGAACACUCACCCGAGACGGCUGCGGCGGGAGAAUGCCCCCGUGGAAGACGACUCCGGAGUGUAAUGCCACGUUUGGGUAUGGUGCUGUGAUUCAUGGAGCUAGGACGAGUGACCUCAACCCCAACGUUACGAGGAAUUCCACCUCGACGGCGAGAGGCGACCUGCCGCCGGUCACGAGUGGCAGUGAGAUUUUGGGGUUUGGAAGCGGGUUGGUUGAUGGCGCGGAUGCGAGGCAGGCGUAUUUGAAUGCUUCGAACCGCGUACAGAUUCUGAUUUUCAAUACGUGGGUUGGGGAGGAGAGAUUUAAUGUCAAGUUGGCGAGGUCGAAUAUUCAUUGUAUGAGGGUGAAUUCCACUCGGGUUGCAACAAAUACGGCGGUCGGCUCGGGUUCUUUGAGUUUGGGGUUUAUGCUGGUUGCUGCUACUGUGAGUAUGUCCAUAUCGCUACUGUAGCUUGGAGAGACGCGG